AUGAUCUUCCCAGUCACCCUCUUAGCGUUUCAGUGGCAGCGACGGCCUGGAGGCCGUGCCCUGUCCCGCGCUGCCAUGGAAGUAGCCUUCCGAGGAGUGCGAAAAGUCCUCUGCGUGGCGGAGAAAAACGACGCUGCCAAAGGAAUCGCCGACUUGCUAUCCAACGGUCGUAUGAGGCGGAAAGAAGGCCUUUCUAAAUUCAACAAGAUUUAUGAAUUUGACUAUCAUCUGUAUGGCCAGAAUGUUACUAUGAUAAUGACUUCAGUCUCUGGACAUUUGCUGGCUCAUGACUUCCAGAUGCAGUUUCGGAAAUGGCAGAGCUGCAAUCCCCUUGUCCUCUUUGAAGCAGAAAUUGAAAAGUAUUGCCCAGAAAAUUUUAUAGACAUCAAGAAAACUCUGGAACGAGAGACACAGCAUUGUCAGGCAUUGGUGAUCUGGACUGACUGUGACAGAGAAGGUGAAAACAUCGGGUUUGAGAUUAUCCAUGUAUGCAAGGCUGUAAAGCCCAAUCUACAGGUGCUGAGGGCCCGCUUCUCUGAGAUCACACACCAUGCUGUCAGGGCAGCCUGUGAGCAUCUGACUGAGCCUGACCAGAGAGUAAGUGACGCAGUGGAUGUGAGGCAAGAGCUGGAUCUGAGGAUCGGGGCUGCCUUCACAAGGUUCCAGACCCUGCGGCUCCAGAGGAUUUUCCCUGAGGUGCUGGCGGAGCAGCUCAUCAGCUAUGGCAGCUGCCAGUUCCCAACACUGGGGUUUGUGGUGGAAAGGUUCAAGGCCAUUCAGGCUUUUGUGCCGGAAGUCUUCCACAGAAUUAAAGUAACUCAUGACCACAAAGAUGGGACUGUAGAGUUCAACUGGAAAAGAUACCGUCUCUUUAACCACACAGCUUGUCUUGUCCUUUAUCAGUUGUGUAUGGAGGAUCCCAUGGCAACCGUGGUAGAGGUCAGGUCCAAGCCAAAGAGCAAGUGGCGGCCUCAAGCGUUGGACACUGUGGAGCUAGAGAAACUGGCGUCUCGAAAAUUGAGAAUAAAUGCCAAAGAAACCAUGAGGAUUGCGGAAAAGCUCUAUACACAAGGGUACAUCAGCUAUCCCAGGACAGAAACAAACAUCUUCCCCAAAGACUUAAACCUGGUUACAUUGGUGGAACAGCAGACCCAGGAUCCACACUGGGGGGCUUUUGCUCAGAACAUUCUAGAGCGAGGCGGCCCCACUCCACGAAAUGGGAACAAAUCUGAUCAAGCUCACCCUCCCAUUCACCCCACCAAAUACACCAGCAGCCUGCAGGGAGAUGAUCGGCGACUGUAUGAGUUCAUCGUUCGCCAUUUCCUGGCUUGCUGCUCUCAGGAUGCUCAGGGGCAAGAGACUACCGUGGAGAUCGACAUUGCCCAGGAGCGCUUUGUAGCCCAUGGCCUCAUAAUCCUGGCCCGUAACUAUCUAGAUGUGUAUCCGUAUGACCACUGGAGUGACAAGCUCCUCCCUGUCUAUGAGCAAGGCUUCCGCUUUCAGCCCAGCACUGUGGAAAUGGUGGAUGGGGAGACUAGCCCACCCCAACUGCUUACCGAAGCUGACCUCAUCGCCCUCAUGGAGAAACAUGGUAUUGGUACUGAUGCAACUCAUGCAGAACACAUCGAGACCAUCAAAGCCCGGAUGUAUGUGGGACUCACCUCAGACAAGCGGUUCCUCCCUGGGCACCUGGGCAUGGGACUUGUGGAAGGUUAUGAUUCCAUGGGUUACGAGAUGUCCAAGCCUAACCUCCGUGCCGAGCUGGAAGCUGAUCUCAAGCUGAUCUGUGAGGGCAAGAAGGAUAAGUUUCAGGUUCUAAGGCAGCAAGUGCAGAAAUACAAGCAGGUGUUCAUUGAAGCAGUGGCGAAGGCAAAGAAGCUGGAUGAGGCCUUAUCUCAGUACUUAGGAGAAAGGACAGAGGUGGCUCAGCAAGAAGAGAUCUACCCAGCCAUGCCAGAGCCUGUUCGGAAGUGCCCACAGUGUAACAAGGAUAUGGUCCUCAAGACCAAGAAGAGUGGUUCUACCUUAGCUGCACGGGGUUCCCAGAAUGUCGCUCAGCCGUGUGGUUUCCUGACUCGGUGCUGGAGGCCAGCAGGGACAGCAGUGUAUGUUCCGUUUGUCAGCCAGCCCCUGUGUACAGGUUGAAGUUGAAGUUUAAGCGUGGUAGCCUUCCCCCAUCUAUGCCCCUGGAGUUUGUCGGCUGCAUAGGUGGAUGUGAUGAGACCUUGAAGGAAAUCUUCGGCCUGCGAUUUUCACGGGCUCCACCAAGAGCGAGCCAGCCCUCUGGCCACCUGCAGGCCAGCCAGGCCCUCAACAGGAUGGACAGCAGUCAGCGUAGCCUGUCUCAACCUCUGGUUAACAGACAUACUGGACCUUCGAAGGCAGUGGCCCAAACCUUGCUACCACCCACUGCUGCUGCUGAGGGCAACUCUGUGACCUGCAACUGUGGCCGGGAGGCUGUGCUGCUCACCGUCCGCAAGCAGGGCCCCAACCAGGGCCGGCACUUCUAUAAGUGCAGUGGUGGUGACUGCAACUUCUUCCUGUGGGCUGACAGCAGCCACCCCACUGGAGGAGGGCCCCCCACCUCUGUAUCAAGACCCCCAGGCAACUCGGUAGGAUGCCCCUCAGGCUUCGGCAGCCACAUGGAUGGGUUCGGCAGCCUUGGUGGUGACGGUGAUGGAGGUGCAUCCUGCCUGUGCGGGCAGCCUGCUGUCACACGGACUGUACAGAAGGAUGGGCCCAACAAAGGACGCCAGUUCCACACCUGUGCCAAGCCACGGGAGCAGCAGUGUGGCUUCUUUCAGUGGGUGGAUGAGAACAUGGCCCCAGGUGAGGCAGCAGGCCAGCAGGUCCCUACGUAGGUUUUCACAGUGGCUACAAGUGCAGAGACCGAGUGUAGAGACCAGAGGAGGAGGGAGGGCAGAUGGGUGUGGUGGGGAUCCGCAGGGCAGUGCUUUGCUGUUUUCUCAUUGUUUAGUACGGUGCCCCACGCUGUGACAGAUACCCAUCGGGCAUCUUUCAUCUGCAUUUCAUCAGCAUUGCAAGUGAGAUGAGGCUCAGGCGAGGGAAAGGCUUUAUUUGGUAUCCCAGUGACAGGGCCCAAGGUAGGAAUGACAGUCUUUUCCCCUGCAGACCCACCCUUGCUAGGUCCUUGAUACCAGCUUCAUUUUACCUAGGGCACACUGACUGAAGAUAUAUAGGUGUGCCCAGAGCUACAUAACCUAGCCAUAGUGUCUCAGGGAUGAGUGCUAUAAGGAUUGGCACCCCGACACUGAAUCACGUUUGUUCCAGCUACCACGGUGCACAGCAGUAAACAAUCUGUCUAGCCUAAAGCUAAGCACAUCUCUUCCACCUCAGUUGCCUGAGCCUAUCAGCCUCAGUCUCCUCAGCUGUAAGACGCUCCCACCACUAAUUCCACAGGACGGCUCCUGCUCAUACAGGAGCCAGGCUAGUUUCAGACCAUGAUUUCUUUGUUUACUUAUUUAUUUUUUUGUGUCUGGGGUGCACAUUUUGAGGCAGGUUAUGUAUAUAGCCCAGGCCGGCCUCAAACCUGUAAGCCUCCUGCCUCAGCCUCCUGAGUACCAGAAUAACGGGCAUGUGCCCCCAGUGCUGACUUCAUAUGAUUAUUGUAUUUGUGCCUCCAGAUGUAAGAAAUACUGGAAGGCUUGGUGAAAAGCACAGGACUCAGGGCCACCAGACAGUGCAUCUUUUUCCUCUCCCAUAUUGAAAUAACUGCAGAGCCCGUGGCCUUGUACACACUUGAGACUUUCCAGGGUCACCAGAAGUGACAUGACCUCUAAGCCAGAUGAGGAGUUAACCCCAGUGACAGGGCAGCCAGCAUUGAGGCCUGUUUAUAAACUGGAAGGUCAGAGUGCUCAGGGUCCCUCGAAGGCAAGGUGAAGCUGGGGAGCUGGCUAGCGAUCGCAGACUCUCUGCUUAGGGAGCUUGGGUUUCUGCUAUGUAGGAAGGGUAUAUAGGAAAUUACCACUGCCGCCUUAUCACAGCAGUCUCUAAGAACUUGAGUUUCUUUACGAAAAGAAAGGGCUGGAGAGAUAGCUGUUGUUAAGAACUCUUGACGCCCUUCCAGAGGACCCUGAGUUGGGUCCAGCACCACCUCAGGUGGAUCACAACCUCCUGUGCCUCCAGCUCCAAGGAGUCCAGUGCCCUCCUCUGCAGACACUUGCACUCACAGAAGCUCACACACAUACACACGCAUAAAAAUAAAGUAGUUUACAAAGAAAAAGAAAGCAAGUAAUGGGUGUUCGGUACAUCAUGCCCUUGACAAAGAGCUGACCUUUACAAAGCCGAGGGAGUCCGGCCUGUAGGUUCACCUGCCUUGUAAAACAACAUUGUACCUUUUGGGUUUAGGUUUGGUUUUGGUUUGAGACAUAGUCUCAUGUAGCCCACGCUGACUACCCUUGGUGACCUUUCUGCCCUCAGGGACUAGCAUUGUAGGUCUGCGGCUCCACACCUGGCAUUGGGUCUGGUUCUUGCUACUUGAUCAGAUCAGUUGUGAGCACAUCUUUCCUGUCUCCUUCCACAGGGAGUUUUGCAGCCCCAGCAUGGCCAGGAGGCAGAGGAAAAGCCCAGAGACCAGAGGCUGCAAGCAAAAGACAAAGAGCUGGUUCCUUAGAUGCAGGGUCUACAGUAAAAAAGCCUCGGAAAUGUAGUCUUUGCCACCAGCCUGGACACACCCGGCCCUUUUGUCCUCAGAACAGAUGAUGGCAGGUGAGGUGGAGGAAGUCACCUAACCAGAAAUGAACUAACUGGACCAGGUGACCAUCCACUGUCCUGGAAACCUAGGGAGGUAUUGGGUUUUAGAGUUGGCCUUCCUUUGUUGAGGAGUACAAAGACCAGACACGUCUGGAAAAUCUGGCUGGCUCUGCUGGAUGCCGUUGCUCUGUCUGGCUCAGGAGUGACUGGCUGCGCACUAAUGGAAAGUGAGAAGAUGAGCAGUCAGCAUGUAAGCAGAGCUGACCUCAGUGACCUUCCAAACCCGGGCCGUGGCCACUGUCUGCCACAUGAGAAGCAGCACCGGCUCUGGGCAUCCCAGUGGGCCUUUUCUGACAGCUGUUUGAGAAGUGGCAGAAGCCUCCCCUCCUGCUCAGCCUAGGACACCCAUAGCUCAUGUGCCUUAAUUUAAAAAAAAAAGGGGGGGGCUGGGGAUUUAGCUCAGUGGUAGAGUACUUGCCUAGGAAGCACAAGGCCCUGGGUUCGGUCCCCAGCUCCGAAAAAAAAAAAAAAAAUGGGGGUUGGGAAUUUAGCUCAGUGGUAGAGCGCUUGCCUAGUAAGCGCAAGGCCCUGGGUUUGGUCCUCAGCUCCGGGGGGAAAAAAAAAAUCCAUCCACAUUUUCUGGUGGCAUUCAGGCUGGGGAUGCCAGCAGGAGCCAGUGAAGGCCAAAGGGCCUCUUCUUGGGACUCUCCCCAUCCAUCUCUGCACUCUCUUGCAGGGUUCUUCCCUGCUGUUGUCCCUUGAAGCCGGCAGAUUCCAGGAUACUGACUGGCCUUUGCAGAAGAGGCUGUGUCCUUUGUUUGCGCUCACAAACUUCUAGCCAGCCAUGUUAGCUUUGUCCACACUUGAGAAGUGAAGUGUGAAUUGUUCCUUGAUUUACAAGUUCAUGAAGCAACUGGGGUUGUUCUCAGGUCAGAGCAAUAGUCUUGAAUAGAUAGGAACUCUCAGCCUGGCUGCCAGCAGGUUCUCCAGUGAAUAUUCCUACCAUUGCUCAUUGGGUACCAUCUGCAGCCUGCAUUUAGGGUCUGACCCUGGUCCAUCACUCACAGCUGGCCUACCUGUUUGAUCACUUCAGUAGACACCUCACGGACUUGCUGUGCCUAGCACCUUUCCCUUCGCACAAUGUUCACAGGAUUUGUUGAGAGUGAGUCAUUCAUUUUGUUGUUGUUGUUUUGUUUUGAAACGGUUUUUCUGUGUAGCCCUGGCUAUCCUGGAAUGUGCUUUAUAGACCAGGCUGACCUCAAGCUCAGAGACCAUGUGCCUCUGCCUCCUGAGGGCUGGGAAUAAAGGUGUACCAUGCCCAGCUUCCAUUUAUUUGUUUAUUUGGAAAUUUUGUCCAAGGUCUUUAUUGCUGCUUAGACUUUGGUUUUUCAUGACAGGAUUUCUCUGUGUAGCCCUGGCUAUUCUGGACUCUCUUUGCAGACCAGGCUGGCCUCAAACUUAGAGAGGUCCACCUGCCUCUGCCUCCCGAGUGCUGGAAUUAAAGGCAUGCACCACCACGCCUGCCGCUCCUUGGAUUUUUAAGCAGCUCUUUUAUGCUUUAAAAAGUGGGGGGGGGGGGGGAGCUGGAGAGAUGGCUCAGCAGUUAGGAGCACUAACUGCUCUUCCAGAGGUCCUGAGUUCAAUUCCCAGCAACCACAUGGUGGCUCACAACCAUCUGUGAUGGGAUCUGAUAGCCUCUUCUAGUGUGUUUGAAGACAGCUAAAAUAAAUAAAUCCUUUUUUUUUUUUUUUUAGAUUGUAUUUUAAAAAAUUGGUGAAGGUGAGAAUUAGCGAGUUGUACAUUCCUAGCAAAGCCAGCAAGGAUAACAACUGGCCUUGGACAGGGCAUUGUCUUAGUCCAAGCAAAUACUGGAGACAGCCAAGAAGUUGUGCCUUGAUCCUACAAUUGGAAGUUCUGGAUUCCAAAGUCAGCUCUCACCUUUAAAAAAACAAAAUGAAGGAAAUAGCACUGGUCAGUUCUCCUGGAGUACCAGUGGGAGAGAGAAAAAGACAAAGAAGUGGAGUAGGGUGUGAGGGGGGGCAAGGCUGGGUACCCAGGGCUGGGUGCUGGAGAGUCUGCUGGGGUCAGUGAUGGCAGACUGGACCUAAAGCAGUUUGUGUUGGGGAUGGGUCUGUCAGGGGGAAGGGGACACAUACCCAGACAGUGUUGAGGUCUCUGUUAGCUGCCUUGUCAAGGGGACAGAUGUUGGGGGCGGGGUGACAGUUGUUCCCUGGGUUCAUUGUGUGAAGUCCUUAAAUGAAUGUGAGGGAGAGGAUGUGUGUGGGUGAGGAAGAAAGGCAGUGGGAGGGAACAAGACGGAGAAGAGAGAGGGGAGGAUGGGAGUGGAGUUGCCAGAUGGAGGGGUGCUGGUGGCAGGGACGCUGGAGGUUGAGUGGAGCUUACCUGGCCAGCAAGGAUGCCACCUAAAGCUGAGUUCAGGGACAUCUAUUAGGUCCCACGCUAAGGCCAUGAAGUACUGGAUAAGAGGAUCUUAUUCUGCAUGUCUGCACUACGUUAUAUGUGUGCAGGUACCCACCAAGUCCAAAAGCGAGCAUCAAGUCCAUGGAGCUGGAAUUACAGGUAGUCGUAAGCCACCCAUUGUACGGAUGCUAGGGACCAAACUCCAUCCUUUAAAGGGCAGUGUGGUGGUUUGAGUAUGCUUGGCCCAGGGAGUGGCACUACUAGGUGUGGCCAUGAUGGUAGAAAUGUGUCACUUCGGGGGUGGGCAGUGAGACCCUCCUAACCACACGGGAUGCCAGUCUUCACUUGGCUGUCUUUAGAACAAGAUGUAGAUAGAACUCUCAGUUCCUCCAGCCCCAUGUCUGCCUUUUUCCUUAUAAUUCAAGAGACAGGACAGGUGGCACUUAGUGGAUUUGCAUGUCAUCCUGCCACAACUGUGACCCUUCAACUGUAGUUUUAACUGGUUGUAGCUCAUGCUACAAUCUGAUGCAGACUUCCAAGCCUGUGAGAAAUUUAGGGCAUAUGUGUCCUCUGGGGACAGGGUGUCCAAAAGGCAGAUAGUCAGAGGGUCGGGAGAGAGAUACCACAUUCUUCUGGUCUCUAUAUGGGUCUUCAAUCCCAUGUAUGGCCUGUGAGGUUUGCACAUCUAUCUGUCUCCCUCGCCUCUGAGAGAAUUUUGUACCCCAGUAGACCAAAGGGCACUGAGGCGAAUGAGAGGGACUGCCGUAUCACUCUGGUGUGUGGUGCUGCUGAAACCUGCAUAAACUGGUUCCUGGGUGGCAUUUCAGCCAUUUUGGACUAUACAGCAAUGAAAUGUUAACCCUUUUUGCUAACUUUAAAUGUUUAUAGUGUCUGCACCAUUUUAGUCUUAUUAUUCCACACCCUUAUUAGUUCUUUUUUCCUUCCCCCUCCCCCACCUUGUCUUAUAGCUGUGCUUGUAUUUAUGAUGUAAUAUGAUCUUGAAGCCCGCCCUGGUCCUCCUGCCUCAGCCUCCCAGGUGCUAGAGUUUGGGGCGUGCACCACUGUAGCUGGUUCUGCUUGCUGACUGUGUGGUUUGAGGGUCUGCUACAGUUACCUUGAGGCAGGAUGGGAGGAGUAAUGUCUGGCUUGUGGACCCUGCUAAUGGAGUUGAAAAUUUUCAGACAGCACUGAUAAAACCAAAAUUGCCUGUGGAGGCAAGGUGUAUAUCCCAAAGACACUCGGGUCAGUAAGCAGGCUUGCCUUAAUUUAGAGACAGGGUAAUGUAGCCCAUUGAGUCCCUAGGACAACCUGUUCCCCUAAGCCUUAAUAGCACCCUCGUAAACCUUUGUUAAGGCUCCCAGCUUUUCUCUUCUAUCAGAUUAAUUUAUAGACAGGAGUAUAAUCCAAGAGACAGGGCAGAGGGCACUUCAUAAAUUUGCAUGUCAAUCUACUGCUAAUCUGUUUAUUGAAUGUGCUGCUACAGAGAGGGACAUUUCUUAGCAAUUUAGAGAUGUAACUUGAGAGCCACACUCAUCCUGUCCCGUGUACACUCAGGUCUCUCCCCUCUUGUGUCUCUUCUUCCUUUACCUUUCUGCUUUUAAAUAAAUUCAACUUUGAUUCAUA